GUAGGCUUGAGGAAAAAACAAGGUGAUUUUUUUUUUAUCUAAUCAGUUGAAUCAAUUGUUUUAAAAGAAUAAUGCAUAAAUCCAAUAAAACAUCAAAUCUUCUGCGACAAGAAGGAAAUGAUUUUUAUAAAAAACGGGAAUUCUUCCAAGCACUAUUAAAAUAUAAUCAAAGUUUGUGUUAUGCUGAGAGUGAAAGUGAAAAUCUUGGAUUAGCAUACGCUAAUAGAUCUGCUGUAUAUUUUGAGAUAAAAUUAUAUGAUCAAUCUUUAAACAACAUUGUUUUAGCCGAAAAAAAUUUCUAUCCAAAAGAAAACUUAAGCAUUUUGUAUCAACGUCGCUUAAAAUGUGAAGAAUUUACAAGGAAUGAAAGCAAAAAAUAUGUUCAAAACUAUUUUAAAUUAUCUUUACCGACGAAUAAAAAGUUGCCAUUUGUAGCAAGUUGCUUAAAGAUAGAAAAUAGCAAGAAAUAUGGAAGACACAUAAUUACAACUACUGAUCUUUCUGUUGGGGAUAUCAUAGCUGUAGACAAAUCAUUUUGUUCAAUUCCAAUAUCAGAGUCACAAUUUGUUAAAGUAUCGGAAUUGAAUAUUUAUCAAAGAUGCAAUAAUUGCAUGAAAAGUAGUCGACUUAAUAUGAUUCCAUGCCAAAAUUGUUGCUACGCUAUGUUCUGUUCUCAGGAAUGCUAUGAAUUUGCCAUGAAGUACUUCCACCAGUAUGAAUGUCCUGUAAUAACUGAUAUUUUAAAGUCUGGCAGUGUCAACAUGUCAUUAAGAAUAUUUUUUAUUAGUUUGGCUUUGUUUGGUGACAGCAUAAAUUGUCUAAAGAAUUUUUAUGAAGAAAAUAAGAAAAAUUCAAAAAACAUUUUUGAUUUUGAUUUUUCAACCACUAAAAGUGUAGAAAAUAUGCUCAUUAUGAAACUUAAAUGUUUAUUGAGCUUAUCGAAAAGUUCAAAACAGUACCAAUUAGCAUAUCAAAAAACUAUUUUGAAUAACCAUUCAACACUUCAUUCAAUGUAUGUAGAAAAUAAGGACUUUAUACAUGACUUUAUUCAAGAUCUUUGUCAAAUUUCGGAUCACAACUUUCACGGUAUUUUCUCCUCAAAUCUCGAUACAAAAAUAUUUGAUAAUUCAAAUUUAAAGAGUUUACAAGAGCCAAUAGGUAGUGGAUCGUUUUUAUUCACCAGCCUUAUCAAUCAUAGUUGUACACCAAAUAUUUUAAGAGUUUGCUUAGAUGGAGAGAUGUGUCUCGUCGUGUGCCGUAAAAUCGAAAAAGAUUCACAAAUAUACGAUUGUUACAAGAACAAUUUUUUGAUGGAAAGACGAGAACGGCGGCAAAACAUAUUGUAUCAGCAUUUCAAUUUUAAUUGCGAUUGUGAAGCAUGCUUUAAUGAUUGGCCGACACUUAAGGAACUUAUUAUCAAUGAUAUGAAGCUAAUGAAAUAUGCAAAAAAAAUCAAUGAUGAAUUGAUCGAAUCAUUAAAAACGAGUAGCAAACUUACCAAUUCUUUUAAGAAAUGCAAAGAUAUCUUGCAAGAAAAUUUCAAAAAGUAUCCAUCAAUGGAACUUUGUUUAAUAGAGAAAUCAUACGUAACAUUUUUACUAAAAUUAGCAGCAAAUCAUAUAUCUUUAUUUUAAAAGUUAUGCACAGUAUAUUUGUUGACAGAUGUGAGGCUAUACUCAUAGAAAAAGGUAACAAUCCAUUGCAACUUUGUAUGAAAAUUUUAAUAAUGUCAUGAUUAAAAUAGCGUUGACCAUGAAAUUGUUAAAUUUUACAAUGACCAUUGUAAAUUUUUUUUGACAACAACAAAAUUGUAAAAUUUAACAAAUAAUCAUUGUUAAGAAAUUUUUGUAGGA